AUAAGGUAAUAUAUUCCGAACGUUGUCAAAAUUUGUUUGUCAAAAAUGGGCACCAAUCUGUUAGGUCGGCCUUUAAUUUUUAUAUUUCAAUCGCAGUAAACAGGAAAUUUGUUUUUGUUUUAAUUUAUAAAAUGUCAUUUAAAAAUAUUAUAAAUUGAAAAAUAACAAAUUUUCUUCGUGUUUCAUCGCGGAAAAUGAUAAAUAAUUGUUUAAAAAUUAGUGGUGUGCGUGGUUUAUCGGUUUUUGUGCGUUUUUCGUCGGUAUUUUAAACAAUUAAGAAUUCGGUAGCUGACAUUGGUCGCCAAAGUGUCAUGUUUUGACAAUCUGGCGACCAAUGUCAGUUCGGAAUAUAUUACCUUUUUAUGUGUACUGUGAUAUUGAACAGAGGAACAUAAAAAUAAACCACUAUUGAAAUGGAAUUGUUUAUCACAGUACAAAUAGUUCUUUUCUUUACUGUAAUAAGUUUUACAAGGGCUUACAAUACAAAAAUGACUAUGAAUCUCUACGUUAAAGAAGAAUGCUUAUUUCACCAUAUUAACACGGGUGAAGUUAUCAUCAUUUCUUAUCAAGUCAUCCAAGCUAUCAAACAUGAAGAACACAUAACGAAUUAUGACAUGAAUAUACGUUUUUUCCUAUCGGACCCCAAUGGAUUGAAAAUUAUUUCUGAUAAAAAUAAAUAUGAAAACAUUCAUCGUUACAAAGCCCAGAAAGAUGGACAAUAUGUAUUUUGUUUUACGAAUAAUUACGGCGCUUUUAACGAAAAAAAAGUGCUUAUUGGACUGAUUGUUAAAAAUGAAGAGGACAACAAUGAAAAUAAAAUACUCGAAGGACUUCCACCAAAUUCGUUCAGUUCAUCUCAGGUUAUCAUGGAUUCCAUUCGGCGUACUAGAAUGCAUACUACUAACACUCGUAAUUUACAAGAUGUAUUGAGAACCAAAAAAAACUGGGAUCUUAAUUUCCUCAAUCGGAACUAUUUAAUCAUUAAUUAUUGGUCGUCUUUCCAAAUAUGUGCCAUGCUUUUGAUUGGGGGUCUGCAAAUUCUUAUGAUCAAGUUAGAAACGGAGAAAAUUUAUGUCAAACAGCUGCAAGAAGAGCUGAAGAAAAGAGGUCUUCCCACAUGCGGUUCUAAAAAAAUUCUUAGAAAAAGAAUAAUUGAUGAUGACAAGAGACGAGCUGCACUUGUUUAUACCGACGAGCUUUUGAAUCCACCAACUCGACUCGACACAAAAGAUGAAGAAGACCAAAAUACAAGAAUUAUCUUGGAUUCGUGCAUUGUUGAAGACAAAGAUCUCAGGGCCAUUGAGUGGGCUCUAAUAAAACGUGGACAAGAACUUCUUGAAAGGGAAAGAAUCAUUUUAAUGAAAGAGACAGAGGUAUAUGAGAAGUGUAGAAACCAAGAUGUGCCUCGAUUACAGCUGAAUACUGAUGCAGAUAAAUCUAAAAUAAAUUAUCCUGUGAAUGUAGCAGGAGAGAUACCACCAAUGACAACUGAUUUGAUCAUAUUAUGAAUAGUAUGAUAGGAAUAAAAGAUACAAAUAAAUUAAAUAAUAGUCUUAACUACAUA